CUGAAGUGAUUCUGAUGAACCGAAUAAUUCCCGCGUCUUUGUCGAUUCAUUAAACAGACAUAUGUGGAAAUAAGAUCAAAUUAUUCUGUCAGAGAAUAAAAAACUAGCAGUUUCCCCUCAGUUCAUCUGAGUGACGUGUCCCGCCGUGCGCGCAGCCGGCCUGCCUCUAGUGCUCGAGCCGCGCGCGGGUGUGUGAGUGUGUGUGAGUGAUCGUGAGUGCGCGCGCGUCGUGGCCGGGGCUCUUGAGCAGCACGCGAGUGUGUCCCGUUUAACGGCUGUCAUGUCCAAACUGGAGCAGAUUCUGAUCCUCGACCCGCCGAGCGACCUCCGCUUCAGAGGACCCUUCACAGAUGUGGUGACCACUAACCUGAAGCUGAGGAACCCGUCCGACAGAAGAGUAUGUUUCAAAGUGAAGACCACAGCUCCUCGCCGCUACUGCGUGCGGCCCAACAGCGGCGUCAUCGACCCCGGCGCCACGGUCACCAUCUCGGUUAUGCUGCAGCCGUUUGAUUACGACCCAAAUGAGAAGAGCAAGCACAAGUUUAUGGUGCAGACGAUUUUCGCGCCACACGGGGCGUCGGACCUGGAAGCGAUGUGGAAAGAUGCCAAACCGGACGACCUGAUGGACUCUAAACUGCGCUGUGUGUUUGAAAUGCCGUCAGACAGUGAAAAGAUGAAUGAGCUGGAAUCAACCAAAGCUGCGUCCGUUCUGAACGCGUCGAAGGCCGACGGGACGUCAGGAGCCAAAGCCGGCAAUAUGGACGACGCGGAGAUGCGGAAAGUCAUGGAAGAGUGCAAGAGACUGCAGUCAGAAAUGGGAAAACUGCUAGAUGAAAACCGCCAACUCAAGGAUGAAGGUCUGAGGAUGAGGAAGGCCAAUCAGUACGACAGCUCGGUCUCGAAGUCUUCGGCGAUGCUGAGCAAAGAGCCGGCCUCCAAAUCGCUGCCCUCGCUGCUGGUCGUCAUCGCCGCCAUCUUCAUCGGGUUCUUCCUAGGGAAGUUUGUCUUGUAGAGGUUCUGGGCCUGGCGAGCAAAGCGCGCGUUCUUGUCGAUAACCGUUGCGUCUGCGCAGACGAGCCCUACGGCAGCGGAAAUAAACGUGUCUGUGUACAGGAUCAUUCAAACGGGCCUUGCCUUUCUCACACGGUUAGUACACACACACAAGCAAACACACACACACACACACUCUCACACACACACACUCAGAAACGAUGGCUCGUUUCUCCCUCUUUUCCGCCGUCUGUGGUUCUGGGUGGGUUUUUCUGGGGGUCGGGGAAGAAGAAAUCGUCCAUUUGUCAAAGCAUCACUAGCAGCCCAACGGAGGCACUGUGUGUGUGUAGAGACCUUGAAAAAACGUCAACCUAUGAAUAAAUAAAAGGACGUGUUUCUCUUUUUCUCUGUGGUUUUAUUAAGAGUUUAAUGGAAUGUUUUAAGUGUCAUGUACAUGUUCUUUUAGAUUCUUUUGAGAAAAAUGGGAAAUGCAGAUUCGUCGUAAUAAAAGAAAAACAAACCGAUCGUCUUUGCUACUUGUCGCUGGAUGGUGGCGUGACACGCGUUCCCAUUCCACCUUUAUUUUCUUGAAUGUGACGACGUCAGCUGGGAACAACACGCCUCCUCCUCACGAACGAGCCCGCUGACACAAUCGUUUCAUGGAGUUUUCUUUAUGCAGAUUAUAUAUUCAAUUGUGAGGCAACUUGACUGAAUAAAAUCUCCAUUUGCAGUCCUGUCCCGUGGUAUUGAUCAUUGCUGAAAUAAAGAAUCUUUAACACUCUUCA